AUGCUUUUAAAAAUCCUUGUAAAAUUGAUUAUCUUGGAUUCAUCUUGCUCAUUUCUAGAACGGUUUAAAUUGAUUAUCGACUGCUACACCAACAAGGACAUCCCAGAUAUUGAUCGACAGCUACCCAUUUGGAUGUUAUGGAGAAUCUGGAAAAGCAGGAAUUUAUCAGUCUAUCAACAUAAAAGCAGUACUUGGCGAGAGGAUUUUAUUAAGACUGUUAAUGAUGCAACUGAAUGGGCUUUAGUCUGGACUAUCGACUCAACUACUAACAUUCAAACAAGACAAGUGCAAUCAAGAACACAUCAUUCAGCUUGGACCAGACCGAAAGAGGACUUCGUAAAAUGCAACUUCGAUUGCAAGUUUUCAAAAAACAACAAUGUCUCUCAAGCAGGGCGUAGUAAAGGGCAACAUUGUUCGAUGUCUAUGGAAGCAGAACUUCAAGCUUUGGUAAUGGCGAUGCAACACGUGUGGAGUAAAGGUUAUAAAAAGGUCAUCUUUGAAGGAGAUAAUUUGAGGUUAUCAAGCUUCUUACGGAAGAUCAAACCAACUUCAAAGUUCACAACUGGAUCAGAGAAGAUAAUUAUUAGAAAAAAAGGGUUAGCUAUGUUGAAUUCAAUUGGACAGGAAGAGAAAACAACAAAGUGA